AGCUAUUUUUUGGCGAAUUUGGGGAUACAAGCCGUUGUAGAUGGGCGAUGCAGCGGAUGGGAUAAGUCUGUUGAGCUAAAAUUGCAGGAACGUGUACUAACAUCUCCGCAUCUAGGCUAUAUUAUCAUUCAUUCAUAUCUGGAAUGUCGUCUGUAAUACCUUACCAAGCACGCCGAUUUAAUGAUCCACCGUUUCAGUGUAGGCCUAAUCCUUUUCUUUUGAAUGAAAAACUGUUGGUCACUUUAUUUACGCCAGUAUUGGGGGCCGGUGGUCGAAUUUUGGCAGCCCCAGUGACAUGCAUACAAAUUCAUCACUUCAAUCAUUACAUUUUAAGGUCACUAGAUGGUACCCCAGAAAGAAGAUUUUGUAUUUUUACAGAUUAACAAUAUAAAAACAAAAAACUCCAUUGACCUCCUUACUAAAUGACCCUUACAUUUUUUGUCGAUAGAGGGAGCCAGUGACUUUCAAAUAAAAUAGCCUAAUUAGGCUUGGCCUACAGCUGAAAAGUUGUAUUCUGAGGUGCGCAUACAGUUAAAAUGUUAGUAUUUGUCGACAUGUCAUCUCCACUCUUACAAUUUCAGUAAGAUUGGAAUAUUUCUCAACUCUGCCAUAUCUGAAAUGAUAGCCAAUGCAUCAAGACAUUUGUUCUAGCAUAUUAAACGAAAAGUAUCCUACGUGAGUUUGUAAACACUCAGGGGAAAUGGGAUUCCCCGGCGAGCUUCUAAUGAUUACUGGACAGAAGAUGCAGCAUCUUUGGUCACGGAUGGACUCUCAGUCAUUUCAUGAAGGCUUGUCUCGAGAAGAAAAGAACGGAUUUAUCUCCUUCAGUACAAUAUGGCACAACACUUUGGAGGAAAAUGGAGAUCGCAUAGCUGCACCAUGGCAGGCUCCAUCUGGCUGCUCCUGGCUCUCACCAGUCCACUGGUUGCCUCCUUCCUGCCCCUGCGCCAGCUCGCUCCCUGUGAAGUGAUCGAGAUGGACGCGUCCUGCACCAAUCUGAACCUGGAGACCGUUCCAGACAAGCUUCCCCAAGGCAUCCAAAAAAUUGACCUAUCGUGGAACAUUUUACAGAACCUUACCCAAGAGGGUCUGGCAUUCUACAGCAGUAUACAUCACCUGAACCUACAUUCCAACAUGAUACAGUUCAUCCAGCCUGGCUUGUUUAAAGACAUGACCAGUCUUAAAGUGCUGAACCUCUCCAGGAACAACUUGGAUGUGUUUGCUGUCUCAAAGACCCAUGUUGGACCACUGACAGCCGUAGAGAUGCUGGACCUCUCAGGCAAUGGCCUGUUCACUGGGAUGACUGACUACUUCCUGCGUGAAGCUCCAGCUCUCCUGAAUCUGUCUCUGAACGGCAACAGUAUUACCCAAAUCGCCCAAAACACCUUUUGUGGAUCUUUGGCUUUGAGAAAAAUUGACCUUCACAACAACGUCAUCUUAGAGAUCGAAAACGGGGCCUUCGACUCACUGCUACAGCUGUUUGAACUGGAUUUAUCGAUGAACUCAAUCAGAUGCAUUGCUGACUUUAACCUUUCUCAACUAAAGGUGUUAAAUCUUAGUAAGAACAGCAUGGAAUCAUUCCAAACCACAGACUCAGACCUUGAAUAUGAACUCCUCUACCUUGAUCUGAGAGAAAACAGGAUCGACUACUUUCCCCUCAUCCCCCGAAGGAACAAGCUAAUGUAUCUGGAUGUGUCCAGGAACCGUCUGAGGAGCAUCAACACAACAGGGACGGCAGAGGAGAUGGAACUCCUCAGAGAUGUGCUGGCGGCUCCAGGCCAGUCCGCUGGAAGCAGCAGACACCAAGAUUUCUCGAGGCUUGUGUACCUCGACAUGAGUUACAACCAGAUCAAGAGCAUACCACAAUCUUUUUUCUGUAGCAUGGUGUCUCUUGAGGUCUUGAAUGUUAGUAACAACUGUAUAGGAGCAUUUUUGGUAGACCAGGAAACCCCCAUGAACUCGUUAAAGACUCUGGACCUGAGCUUCAACGCCCUUCAGAACUUCUCUUUAGGGUCGAACAGCCUGCGCUCUCUCGAGGAGCUCUUCCUGCAGGGAAAUUUUCUCCUGUCCAUUCAUCCUGCAACCUUCCAAACUCUGCCCAGUAUCAGAUACCUGCACCUCCAGCAAAACUAUCUGAAGGUCUGUGCCACACAGAGAAAACCACCCAACUCUCCACAGGCAGACUUCACCUCCCACAAUCCUCCAGGAUGCGUCUCAUUUUCUUCCAUACAAACCUUACACUUUCUGUACCUUUCUGAGAACAGUCUUGAGGCCUUACCCCCAUAUGCCUUCUAUGGCACUCCACUGAGGCUGCUUGACCUUUCCCUGAACCCAGGUUUAGAGAUGCAUGAUGAUGCCCUCUCUGGUCUGGAAAACUCCUUGUCUCAUCUAUCACUGAAGGAAAACCACAUGCCAGAACUGAAACCGGACCUCUCCCUGCUGGGCAAUCUAAAGUUUGUGGACCUCUCCGCUAACAAACUUACCACCUUCCCUUUGUGGAACAAGCAGUCGUCCAUAGAGUCCCUGAACCUGCAGAACAACAGCCUGGUGACAGUGCAGUAUGAGACGGUGGUUGCGCUGGAGCGCAGCCUGAAGGUGCUGUAUGUGGGCUCCAACCCGCUGGGCUGCUGCAGAAACCUGCCCUUCCUCCUCAUGCUCCAGCAGGCUGCCGUCACCGUCCCCGACAUCGCCACAGCCACCUGCCUCGACACCCAGGGCCCCGAGCCUGUGGAGAGGAACAUCGGGAGUGUGACCCAGGAACAGUGCCAGACUCUCAGCAGGAGCUGGAUCAUCAUAGUUGUAGUGAUGACGGUGGUGUUAAUAGCAGCACUAGCGCUGCUUGUCAAGCUGUGCCUCCCAAGGAAAAGAAGGUUCAACAGUAGCUUGAUGAAGGCAUGAUGAACACGCCCCCCCAACCUGAACCCAAAGUGAUUGGGUGGAAGCACAAUCCUGAAAUCUGGAAACAUGAAGAACAUUGGUGCCUAUUAAUGUGAAGUAGCAUUUAGUCCUUCUUAAGCUGACAUUGAGGGAAUAUCAAAAGUUUGAGCAAACCAAGCAUGAAGGAAAAGGCUGUGUAACAUGUUUAAUUUUGUGUCAUACAAAAAGUAUUACCGCGCCGUCAUAAGGGGGGGAAUCUUUUCAACAAGAAUCAUUAUAUUUCCCAAGAAGUACAAUUAUUCACUUGAGGUCACAAGGUUUCUGAUUAAUACAGCAAAGCUCUGGUUUAGCCCACCAGUUCCAGAAAUUAACUGACAAUAACACAAAAACGAAUGAAAGGCAGAAACAAAAAUGUCACUUUUAACGUAAUUUAUAAGCAUGAAUGAGCCCAGGUGUUGAAUACUCAAGGCUCUAUGGCUGAUAU